AUGUGUACUAAGUACAGGUACACGAAAAUAUUUAAAGGCAACGAGGAACAGGGAAGCUGGCCAACCACCUGUGCAUUCAAAUCGAGCAAAUGGCAAGGGAAAUUAUUGUCGGACAACUCUGUACUAAGCACAAGUACACCCAAAUAUUUAAAGGCAACUGGGAAUGGGAAAACUAGCCAACCACCUGUGCAGUCAAAUCGGGCAGGUACACGCAAAUAUCUGAAGCUGACUGUGAACGGGGAAACUGGCCAACCACAUGUGCAAUCAUAUCAGGCAGGUGGCUGGGGAAAUCUUUGCCACACACUUGUGUACUAA